AUGGAGGCUUGCUCCUUGCACUCACCAACUGUAACCACAAUACCCUCUUUAUCCCAAAGUAGGUUUACAGAAAAACCUCUUCUGCGCGGUCAGGUUCUCAAAUUUUCUAAUUCCAAGAGGGACCCACAUGCCAGGAAGCUUGGAUUUCUUCAUAUCAAAGCUCAAGCUUCAGCAGCUGCAUCUUGUUUCCAAGUUCUCCAGACAACAUUCUAG